AUGUAUCAUCAUCAUCAUCAUCGACCACAAAAUGAUUACUCGAGAGUGAAUACUACUGGCAAGACUAUGCGGAAGAGUAACUUCGACCAACUAAACACGGUUCCUCAUCCACCACAACCUCAACAGCAGCAACAGACACAAGUAUACAUCAUAGACAAGAACGACUUCAAAAGCCUUGUUCAGCAACUUACGAGUCCUCCUCAAUCAUUUGAGCGUUUAGUACCUCAAAUCCAUCACAAGACUAUACAAGAUCCGACCUUAUCGGUUCCUCCAAGCGCGGCUCAAGAAGAUCCUGAUGUCUCAUUGUAUAUGCGUUAUCUUCAAAGCUGCUUACUCGAAGAAUCAUCAGGUUCUAAUGUAGAACAGUUCCAACAACCGUUUGAUAAUAAGUAUGAAUCUCACGUGAUGGUUCAUUCUCCUACGGAAGUUAUGUCACAGUGCAAUGGCUAUGAACAGGUCGUUGUACCGAAUAGUACUUCGUGGUUCAAUGGUUCACCACAAAAUAUGCAUGGUGAUGGUGCUUCCUCAUUGCAAUCAACAGGAGUUGAUUAUUCACAACCAAACUUCACAUACUCGUCUAUGACUCAACCUGGUGGAGGGUUUGGUCCGGAUCUUGAUGGUAUUAGUCUUGAUGAGAUUUUCGAUGUCCCAUACGAACUAAACUGAUGAUAUAUUUUUGUUCAAUCGUGAAUA